AAGGGAGAUACCCACACUUCUGCAUAUAUUUGGCACGUAUUAUAACGCCUGGGAUGAUCACAUGACAGGAAGUGAUGUCAUCAGGGGUGAGAUGAUGCAUCAGCUGUCCUUCAGAGGAAGAAGAGACGGAGAGACAUGCAGGGAGUCAUGGCUUCAGACGUGAUGUGCUUGUGUGUUUUUCUGCUCUGCGCUGGACUUCAGUACACAACAGGCUGUGAAGUGGUGUCAGGUUUUGUCAUCUGUUCUGCAGGAGAGUCUGUGCUUCUGUCCUGCAGGGAUAUAAACUCAGGUCACACAGAAGUCCAGUGGUGGUACUCAGAUUCUAAGAUAAACACUCCUCAGUACUCUGUGUUUCCAGUGGACGCUGUUAAGGGUCAGCGAUAUAAAGACAGAGUUCAGAUUCUCAGGAAUCUCUCGCUGUCCAUCACUCGACUCUCUGUAGAGGACACAGGAAUAUAUUGGUGUAAAACAACAGAGACUGACAAAGAGCGCUUUGUUCAACUAUUUAUUGAAGGUUGUUCUCUGUCAGGGAAUGAAGGAUCAGUGGAGAUCAGCAGAUAUUCAGGGCAAUCUGUGUUUCUGUCCUGUUCGGUCAAAUGUAGUGCUCGUCAUGAACCAGAUUCAAAGUUCAGAUGGAAAUUACCAAACUACAGAGAAAUAAACCACACCAUUAACCCCACUGAACGUCGACUCUAUCAGGGCAGACUUCACAUGUUUGAUAUCAGUUCAGGAAACCUCUCUCUGCUGAUUUCUGACCUGACUGAAGAAGAUGAAGGACUGUAUUCCUGCUGGAGUAAUGAGAAUCAACACAAGAACUUCAGUCUCACUGUUAAAGGAUGCACACUGUCAGAGACUGAGCGGGAACCUGAAACGAAGUACACGGGUGAUUCUGUGCUUCUGUCCUGCUCAUGUGAAGACCCAAACACCAAACCUGAGGACUUCAGAUGGACCCAUGUAGAGUCCAGUGGGACUGAAGUGUCCAGUGACAACUCCACGGUAUAAAGGACAGAG